GUCCGGGAGGAACGCGGGGUGGAUGGAGCAGUGAGCGGGUCUGGGCGGCUGCUGGCAGCGCCAUGGAGACGGUGCAGCUGAGGAACCCGCCGCGCAGGCAGCUGAAAAAGUUGGAUGAAGAUAGUUUAACUAAACAACCAGAAGAAGUGUUUGAUGUCUUAGAGAAACUUGGAGAAGGGUCCUAUGGCAGUGUAUACAAAGCUAUUCAUAAAGAGACCGGUCAGAUUGUUGCUAUUAAGCAAGUUCCUGUGGAAUCAGACCUGCAGGAGAUAAUCAAAGAAAUCUCUAUAAUGCAGCAAUGUGACAGCCCUCAUGUAGUUAAAUAUUAUGGCAGUUAUUUUAAGAACACAGACUUAUGGAUUGUUAUGGAGUACUGUGGGGCUGGUUCUGUGUCUGAUAUCAUUCGAUUACGAAAUAAAACGUUAACAGAAGAUGAAAUAGCUACAAUAUUACAAUCAACUCUUAAGGGACUGGAAUACCUUCAUUUUAUGCGAAAAAUACACCGAGAUAUCAAGGCGGGAAAUAUUUUGCUAAAUACAGAAGGACAUGCAAAACUUGCAGAUUUUGGGGUAGCAGGUCAACUUACAGAUACCAUGGCCAAGCGGAAUACAGUGAUAGGAACACCAUUUUGGAUGGCUCCAGAAGUGAUUCAAGAAAUUGGGUACAACUGUGUGGCAGAUAUCUGGUCGCUGGGAAUAACUGCCAUAGAAAUGGCUGAAGGAAAGCCUCCUUAUGCUGAUAUCCAUCCAAUGAGGGCAAUUUUCAUGAUUCCUACAAACCCUCCUCCCACGUUCCGAAAACCAGAGCUGUGGUCAGAUAACUUCACGGAUUUUGUGAAGCAGUGUCUUGUAAAGAGCCCUGAGCAGAGAGCCACAGCCACUCAGCUCCUACAGCACCCAUUUGUCAAGAGUGCCAAAGGAGUGUCAAUACUGCGGGACUUAAUUAACGAAGCAAUGGAUGUGAAACUGAAACGCCAGGAAUCCCAGCAGCGGGAAGUGGACCAGGAUGAUGAAGAAAACUCGGAGGAGGAUGAAAUGGAUUCUGGCACGAUGGUUCGAGCAGUGGGUGACGAGAUGGGCACUGUCCGAGUAGCCAGCACCAUAAGUGAAGGAGCCAAUACUAUGAUUGAGCAUGAUGACACACUGCCAUCACAGCUGGGCACCAUGGUGAUCAAUACAGAGGAUGAGGAAGAGGAAGGGACUAUGAAAAGAAGGGAUGAAACCAUGCAGCCUGCGAAACCAUCUUUCCUUGAAUACUUUGAACAAAAAGAAAAGGAAAACCAGAUCAAUAGCUUUGGCAAGAGUAUACCUGGCCCACUGAAAAAUUCUUCAGAUUGGAAAGUACCACAGGAUGGAGACUAUGAGUUUGUAAGUAGUGUUGAGAGUAAAUGGUUAUGUCUUCUGGGGGAAGUUAUUUGGAAUGUCACACAUCUAAUUGGGUUGUUUCACUGACAGUGCCUGAGUAUUUUCUUGUGCAGUUUGAAUCUCCUAUAACUGCCCCUGCCAGCAGCUCCUGGGCUGAGGGCCUCAAGAGUUUGAGACAACAACAUUUUGACUGAUGUUUGAGCAGUUCUGGGAUUCCUGAUUAGUGGCACAUUUUUUG